GAGUGGCAGGACCUGGCAGGCUUCCACCGCUGACGAGAGUUCCCGCAGCCCUGCUGUUGCCAUGGUGAUGGGCCAGAGAGAGAGAGGGAGAGGAGAGAGCGAGCUAGAGAAAGGAGUGAGACAAGGGAGGACGGCAGAGCGAGCGAGCAGCGGAAGGAGAGGCAGCUUCAGCAGCACCACAGCAACCAUGGACAUGCAGUGGGAGAGCGGCGAGGCACCAGGCCGCGAACCCCAGCCACCCGGACGCAUCAACAAGGCCGCCUUCAAGCUGUUCGGCCGCCGCAAGCCCGCUAUCUUCAGCGUGCGGGGCAGGCCAGAGGAAGCCAAGGUGGCUGGCAAGGCACCACUCGUCAGGAGCAGGACACAUGACGGGCUGUCUGAGGACGGCGCCCACAAGGACGGCCUGGAGUCCACCGCGCUCGGCCCAGAGGAGACGGACAGAGCCCCUGGCGAAGAAACGCCCCCCCCGCCAGCGCCGCCACGCCCCUCCAUCUCAUCUGUCGCCUCAGUGAAGUCGCUGGGCUUCCUGACAUUGCUACGUGGGGGGAGUCGGCGGGGUGGGGCGGGCCCGCGGAGGGGGGGGCUACGCGGACUGCUGGGCAGCGUGCGUUGGCCACGAAGGGCCCGGGAGCCCGAGGAGACACCCACAGCUUCCCCGGAGGGGCUUCUGCUGGCCUCCCGCUCCAACAGCGUGGAGAUUGUGAAGGAGCAUGCAACUCUCACGCCACAUGCAGCACCGCGCACCCUGGAUGUGGCCACUGCGGACACGCACCUGCAGGAGGGACGGCCUCUCUCUUUGGCCACUUCUCCUGGGAGUCCCCCUACCGUACCUUGCAUGGACCUGCUCAGCUCCGUACUGGCUGAUAUCUCCUCACUUGGGAAUUUCGACUCGGCAGCUGCCUGCACUGAUGUCAUCGGCGUGGGUGAGACGUCACAUGGAGGGACAGCCUCCCUGAAAUUUGGCCCCCAACUCGAGGCUGGACCAAGCUCUUUAUCUGGCCCUGCAUCUUCCCCCACCAUUGCACUGACUACUGCAGCAACAGCUAAAUCAACCCCCAUUCUUAAACCUUCUUCAGCUUUUAUCCAUACCCCUACCUCUCCACCUACCCCUGCCCUUAAACCUGCUCCAGCUCCUGCCCCUACCCUUACCUCUACACCUACCCCAGCCCCUACCCCUACCCAUAAACCUGCCCCAGCCCUUACACCUAUCCCUACACCUACCCCAGCCCCUAAACCUGCCCCAGCUCCUAUUCCUACUUCUACGCCUACCCCAGCUCCUACUCCUACCUCUACGCCUACCCCAGCCCCUAAACCUGCCCCAGCUCCUACUCCUACCUCUACGCCUACCCCAGCCCCUAAACCUGCCCCAGCUUCUACCCUUACCCCUACCUCUACACCUCCCCCAGUCCCUAAACCUUCUCCAUCUCCUCCCCGCACCGUCACACCUACCCCAGCUACUGUUUGUGCUCCGACCACUGGACUGGAUACUACUACAGGUCUGGGUGAAGCAAUGCAGUUGCACCUUGAUGAGGGUGAUGGACAUUCAGAUCCCCGCAUGCCAGAUCUCAAGAGGGGUGGGCAGUCUCUCCAUUCUCCCCAAACCCCGCCUCCUGACGCAGGCUCUUUCCUAUAUCUAGAGAAGAGGCCUCAAGUAAGUAAAAUUCCUGUGAGCGGGGGCGGUCGAGCAGGGAAGCCAUCGCAUGACGUCACGCCCGAGGAAGACAAAUCGGAUCUAGACAUCCUCACUGCCUCAUCUAAUGCCACGCCCACUGCCACGCCCGCUGCCACGCCUUGCGAAGGGGAGGAGUUUGGUGGCCUUGUGGCUCUGCAGGAUGACCUGAGCCCAGAGGAGAAACCAGAGAAGCGUGGCAUCAAGUCCGCCAGCCGUGGCACCAAGAUUCCAGUGAAGCAGACUCCGCUGGCACUUUCCGCCCGUCAGGGGGUGCCUCUGCAGCAGUGCCCCCCAACGACAAAGACUGAGGGCCCCCGGACCAAAAUCCCUGUAUCAAAGGUACCCAUCCGCCGAGCUGGGAAUAAGGCUCCUGCUGGUACGCGCCAGCCCCCCCAGGAUCUGUCCCGGAAGUAAAGCACCUGAUCCAGAUGGCCAGCUGCCUCUGUGCAGUGGACGGCCACAACCUUGCUGGUGUCACUGCAAGAUGGAUGACAGGCACGAUUCAUUCCAGAGGAUUUUUCUUUCAGGAUGUUUACCCACUUUCAGACAUCGACGUGUGGACGCCAUGUGUCUAUCAGGAAUACAGACCCCCCCCCCCCCCCCACGCUGCCUCGGUGACGCAUAGCCACGGACUGAUGCAAUAAACAACAAAAACAGACCCCGAAGCACAAGAUGACCCCAGACCUGCGAGCAUCAUGCACAUCUGCCACAUUCACUAGACAAUGCCAGACCUUCAGAUCCCAGCAGUGGUGUAACUGGGAGGCAGAGAGGCUGGGCAGGGCAGCGGCAGGUCGUUCUGUCUGGGCCUGAGGUCUGUCAUCAGGAAAACACGCUUUCUGGGAAUUGGCAGCACCCCUGCAGUAAAGCGAGAUUUUUAAGGAAAGAGCAGCUUCGUACCCUCUGGUACUCCCUUCUCUUUGUACAAUGCGCCCCUGCCCCGGACUACAGGCAUGGCCCGGAGCCUCCUUUGGGACGGUGAGUCGUGGUGAGACAGACACGGGGUCUACAGUAGUCACAGCACAUGGGUUUCCCACUGUGUACAUAUUCACUUGGACCAGGAUUAUUUUUGUUGCUGUAAAUGGUGUUUUAUUUCCUAUUUAAUAAAUGCUGGUUUGUG